AUGAUGUGGGAACUCCGUUCAGUAGCCUUCACCCGGGCUGUGUUUGCAGAAUUUCUGGCUACCUUGAUCUUCGUCCUCUUUGGCCUGGGCUCUGCGCUGAACUGGCCCUCGGCUUCCCCGAGCAUCCUCCAGAUUGCCCUGGCGUUUGGCUUGGCCAUCGGCACGCUGGUCCAAGCCCUGGGGCACGUCAGCGGCGCCCACAUCAACCCAGCGGUGACGGUGGCUUGUCUCAUAGGCUCGCACGUCUCCUUCCUCCGCGCCGUCUUCUACGUGGUGGCGCAGCUCCUGGGGGCUGUCGCUGGGGCGGCCAUCCUACACGAGAUCACCCCACCGGAUGCCCGGGAAGGCUUGGCCAUUAACAAGCUGCACAACGAGACCACAACGGGGCAGGCUGUGACCGUCGAGCUCUUCCUCACCUUCCAGCUGGUCCUGUGCAUCUUUGCAUCCACCGACGAGCGUCGAGAGGACAACGUGGGGUCUCCUGCCCUCUCCAUCGGCCUCUCCGUCGCUGUGGGACAUCUCCUCGGGAUCCGUUACACCGGCUGCUCCAUGAACCCAGCCAGAUCUUUCGCCCCUGCUGUGAUAGUCGGAGAUUUCAGCGACCACUGGGUCUUCUGGGUGGGCCCCUUGGUGGGAGCUGCAGCAGCCUCCGUGAUCUACAAUUACAUCCUCUUCCCACAAGCCAAAACCUUCUCGGAGAGGCUGGCCGUCUUCAAAGGCUUCGAGCCGGAGGAGGACUGGGAGGAGCGCGAGGUCCGCCGGAGACAAUCCGUGGAGCUCCACUCCCCGCAGACCCUUCCCAGGGGGAUGUCGGAGAAGGUCUAGC